AUCCUUUGCUUUAUACACCAACUCAUUCCAUCAAAUAAUUCAAAUACACUCAAUCUCUUUUAUUUUUUCUUACCAUUUCUCAGUUACUUUCCUUACCUAACCUUGCUACCAUUUUUCAUAUAUUAAAAAUUUAUAAUAUACUAACAUCUACAACCAGGUGCAAAGAACAUAGCUUUAACAUUUUGUGCUUGGAUUGAAACAUACCCAGAUUGAUUUUUUCUUUCUAUUUGAGGUUUGGAAAUACUGAGUGGAAGGAAUUGGUGUUGGUGUUAUGGAUGAGGCUACAAGUAAAGGUAGUGGUGAGAUGUUGGAUCAUGUUGAUAAAGGGGUUUAUGAGAAUUUGAACCAUUUGGUUGAAGGAGCUGCAACUGAUGUGGGAACUAGACAUAGCUUGGGUGAUAGGGUUGGUUUAUGUGGUGAAGAUGGUACUUCAGAAGAGAUGUGCAAUGAUCUUGGAUUCAAUGAGGAGCUAAAGGAGAGAGUUUUAGAAGUUAAGGGUCGGAACAUUGGUGGUGAUCCACAAAAAAUCAAUGAUGAAUUGCACGGCCCUGAUCAAGGGUCGAGUUAUAAUUCAAGUAAUUUGGCUAAUGAGGAAACACUUGAGACAUGUGUUGUAAUAGAUUCUUCAGCUCAUGUUGUGUGUCUCAAUGGAGAUAAUAGAAAAUUGGUAGCUAAAACUAAUGAAUCGGGGUUGAGCAAGUUAUCGAUUAAGGCACCGAAAGGGCUGUCUGAGAUAGAUAAAAAUUCAUGUGUGAUUGAUAUGAACUGCGGUGACUGCAAAGAUUUUAGCGAGAAUUUGGAUGGUGAAAUGAUUUGUAGGAUUUGCCAUCUGGCCUCUGGACAACCGUUUGAAGCAACUGCUGUUGGCACUCCAAAUAAUGAUAAUAAUAGUACAAGUUUGAUUGUGCUUGGUUGUGCAUGUAAAGAUGAGUUAGGCAUUGCACACAGUCAUUGCGCUGAGGCAUGGUUCAAGAUUAAAGGAAACAGGUCUUGUGAAAUAUGCGGAGAGACUGCAAAAAAUGUUUCCGAUGUAACUGAUGAUGGAUUUAUGGAAGAAUGGAAUGAAAGUGAAUUCAUCGACAAUAAUAGUACAUCACCGCGCAGGUUGGUUGGAUGCUGGCACGGGCAGCCAUUCUGUAACUUCUUGAUGGCGUGCCUGGUGAUAGCUUUUGUUCUGCCAUGGUUCUUUCAUCUAAGGCUGUUCUAACUAUGGAUUCAAAAACUAUUCUUCCUUGUCUAUAUGAUGAGUACAUCAUCACGCGUACUGUUAUUUAAAGGGGUGGCAUUGAUUAAUUAACCAUGUCCAAGUUCACAUUUCACAGGGUAUGUACCCUUAAUGCAAGCCUUGGAAUUCCACUACAAGAUAAUGUUUCCUUAUUGAAUUGAAUUCUUUGGAUUGGAGUGCUUUAUGUGUUCUGAAAUAUAGAUAUUGAUAUAGCAGGAUUACAUUUUCUCUUAGGGAGAAGAGAAAAUAAGAUAUUUUGCUUGUGACAUAGGUGUUGUAUAGAAACAAUACAUAAUUUGCUGUAAAACAAACAAACAAACAGAAAGAGAAUCUCCACAUUGUUUCUUUUAUCGUUUUAAUAUUGAUUUUUUGGUUGGAUUGUCAGCUAUAGUUCAAGAAGAAUCUAAUGUUAUAUGGUUGUCAUCGAUGUUCAUAUUUCCUUCAUUUUA